AUGAGUAGUGCUAGGGACCUUAAUCGCGGGCUAACGUUUAAUUACUUCUACAAUAUAUACAGAAGGUCAAAUAUACCUCUUAUUCAUGCCAAAUCCUCUCAGCCUCUGAACGACGGUAUCCGAUGGCAAGACCAAGAAAGCCGAUACACUAUCCCUGUCCAACGUGGUACACUCCGCAUCCGCCUUUACACCUACAUCUACGCAUAUAUAUCCCGCUCCCCAGAGAUCGUCCCAUCUCUCUUGAACAACCCCGUCAGGCACUACCCACUACGACAAAUAAUGGACCCUCCUGUAUAUGUCAUGGGCGAAAGUGCAGGUCAAAAAGCUUUUCCGCAUCCCGCAUCAAGGCGGUAUGCCCCAAGUAGGAAUGAACCCGCAGGCGACGAUAGCGCAGUAGAACAGUAA